UGAAGGAUGUUGGAAGAGAGAAAGAGGGAAGUAGUGACACGCUUCGGGAUAGCAAACUGCUGUAUCGUAAGAUAUCGGGUAAAAUAGUCUUCGAAUGAAUAAAAACCCUCUGACUUCCUCCUGCAGGAAGAUAAAGACGAAGAAGACGUUCAGUUCAAGUGACUUCCGGGUCUCUGAGGGAAUGUCUGCAUAACGUUGGUGGAUACAAAGAAGAAGUGAUGAGGAAGCUCUCUAAAGUUCUCUGACAGGAUGGCAUCACAGGGGGGCGAGGAGCGGCCUCCAAAUGGAGGUCAAACAGACAGCCGUCUGAAGAGUAAGAAGCCGCCGAGCCUUGUUAUAGCAAUCCCUCCACCAGAGCAGAUGAUGUCCCAUGACCCGGCAAAACAGCCACUAAGACCGUCUCUGAAAAAGAGUAUGAGUCAAGCAGCCGGCUCGGUGUCGGAGAGCGUCAGUGGAGCCGAUGGACGCUUCUCAGCAAGAGACAGGAGGGCCAAGUUUGGCAGACAAACGUCGCUUUCACAAAGUAUCCGCAGGAACACAGCAACAUGGUUUGGUGUUGGAGAGGACAGUGAGACCAAGCAGCAUGUAUGGCAGAGGAGGAGUCUGCGUCAUUGCAGCCAGCGUUACGGCAAGCUGAAAGCCCAAUAUAGAGAGCCUGAUACGGCCACCAGCAUCGACCAGGGCCCAGAUUCACCAGCCACACAGAGGAUGCCCAAGAUUGUGGAUCCCCUGGCCCGUGGGCGAGCUUUCCGCUGCGAGAUGGACAGUCGCUCUCCCAGGACACCUCACACCACUCAUGGGGGUCCCUUCACCCCAGGUGUCACCUCUCUCAGCUCUUUCACCAGCCAACGCUCUGGGUACAGCCGCUUCCCAAGACGUAAGAGGGAGUCUGUAGCCCGCAUGAGCAUCAGAGCUGCAUCCAACCUGCUGAGGGGUCAUAGUGGCUUGGCCGGCUCCCAGACGGGUCGCAGUUUCCCCAAGAGGAGCUUUGUCCGGCCCAGCUGGAUGGAUGAAGACACCGUGGACUCUGCAGACACGUCCGAGUCACUCUUCUUCAGUAAGGUCGAUGCCCAUGAUGAGUUUUACUCUAUGGCUGAUGACGUUUUUGAAUCACCUCCCAUAUCGGCAGCAUUUGCUCCUUGUGAGCCGCCUGACCAGAAGUUCCCAAGCCUUAAGGAUGUAUCUCGAACGCCCAGGACACCAGUAGCAGUGCCUGAAAAGAGUCGCCCACGUCGGGGAGGCCGUAUCGCCUCCCAGGUGAAGCACUUUGCAUUUGACAAACAUAAGCGUCAGUACGGCAUGGGUGUUGUGGGAAAGUGGCUAAACCGUCACUACAGGCGCAGCCUCAGCAGCAACAUCCAGAAGCAGCUGGAAGACUUCAACAGCCACAGGCCAUACUUUACAUACUGGAUCACAUUUGUCCACAUAGUAAUCACCUUGCUGGCCUGCUGUACAUAUGGUUUUGCCCCUGUGGGGUUUGCACAACAUGCUACAACUGAACUGGUGCUAAAAAACAAAGGCAUCUAUGAAAGUGUAAAGUUUAUACAACAGGAGAACUUCUGGAUUGGUCCCAGCUCUGAUGACCUGAUUCACCUGGGAGCAAAGUUCUCACCCUGCAUCCGUCAGGACAGACAGAUAGUAAAUCUGAUCCAGAAGGCCAAAAACCUGGAAAGAGAGUCUGGCUGUUGUGUGCAGAAUGACAACUCUGGGUGUGUGCAGACCCUCAGCUCCGACUGCUCGGAGACUCUGGCCACUUUUAUAAAAUGGAACAAUGAGUACGUUGACAUCCUGAGGUCCUCUGGUUCCGUCUGUCACCAAGACCCUAGAGUGUGUGAGGAGCCUGCCUCUGCUGAGCCUCAUACAUGGCCCGAUGACAUCACCAAGUGGCCGGUCUGUACAUAUCCCACGAAAUGGAACCACACAGGCUACAGACACAUGGACUGUAACAUCAAGGGUCGGCCAUGCUGCAUAGGAACAAAGGGCAGAUGUGAGAUCACGACCAGAGAGUAUUGUUCUUUCAUGCAUGGUUACUUCCACGAGGAGGCCACACUCUGCUCACAGGUUCACUGUCUCGAUGAUGUGUGCGGCCUGCUGCCCUUCCUGAACCCUGAUGUACCUGACCAGUUCUACCGUCUGUGGCUAUCCCUCUUCCUCCACGCAGGGCUCUUGCACUGUGUGGUGUCAGUGGUGUUUCAGAUGACCAUACUCAGAGACCUGGAGAAACUGGCAGGUUGGGUCCGCAUCUCCAUCAUCUAUAUCCUCAGUGGUAUCACUGGAAACCUGGCCUCUGCCCUGUUUCUGCCCUACAGAGCUGAGGUGGGUCCAGCAGGCUCGCAGUUUGGACUCCUCGCUUGCCUGUUUGUUGAGCUGUUUCAAGGAUGGCAGAUGUUGGAGAAGCCAUGGAAGGCCUUCCUCAAACUGUUAGGCAUCGUCCUCUUCCUCUUCUUAUGCGGCCUCCUUCCGUGGAUCGACAACAUCGCUCAUAUCUUUGGUUUCCUCAGUGGUAUGCUGCUCUCCUUUGCCUUCCUGCCCUACGUCACCUUCGGGACAUUCGACAAGUACCGUAAACGCAUCCUUAUUGCUGUCUCCUUGGUGGCCUACAUUGGGCUUUUCUCCUCCCUCAUUGUUUGGUUUUAUAUUUAUCCAAUAAACUGGCACUGGCUGGAGCACCUCACCUGCCUGCCCAUCACAAGCAAGUUCUGUGAAAAGUACGACAUAGAUCACAACAUUAACGAUGUGGUACACUAGAUUUCAAGCUAACGACCAGGUCAGCUACUUCCAGGUCAACAAAGUGGCCUUCAGAGUUGCAACUAUCAUGCCUUCAGGUCUUCUUAUUCACUCAUCAAAGGACUCGAGGAGCGGUCAGUCACAGAUCAGCCUGUGACAUGCUUGGACUUUAAACUUGACUCAACCUUAUUGAUCCUCAGUCCAGUCUGGCACUAGUUAGCAAGUUAAUUUGCUAAUGGGCUAGCAGAUCCUCAGAAUCAGAGGACAGGAAAAGAUACUCAGGAAGUGUAAAUUACAUAGAGACAGAUGGACAUGAAGGACGAGAUCUGCAGAGCCAGAGACAGUUGGUUCCUUCAGUUCAUGAAAGGUCUAUGUAAAGAAGCCUUUAGGAUAGGGACCCAGAUAUCUUUUGCCAAACAAUCACAAACUCUAAGAAUAAAAAAAGAGUCAAAAGGAAAAGGGACUGAUGCCAAAGAGGGUCAUCAACACUAAAAACACUGUCAUUCAUCCUGCUGAGGAAACACAGUCAGAGGUCAAAGCUGUUUUAAAUCUUUUCUUUUUUAUGUGUAUCAGCAUGCCAAUGUUCUUUGGACCAGUGAAAUAUCAUGUUAAAAGAGAAUAUGUUCAAACAAUUAACCGUGCAGCUGGAAAAUUUGAAUAUCUGAGGUCAACAAAGGCAAGAUUUCUUUCUAAAACCACCAGUAGCCUUGAACCAACGAUGCCAUUUAACAAAGAAGCCUCUGUUUAAUAGUGCAGAAUGCUUGAGAUACUGAUGAACACAGUUUUAAACCCAAGUCUACCAAAGUAACCUCUCGUGCUGCUUUUACUUAAGUGUUGCUUUGUAUUUCACUGCCACAAACACAAGUUUGCAAUCUAGCUCUACCUAAGUAUCAUAUCUUCACUAACACAGUGGUGCCUAAUUUAUUAUGUGGAUUAACGCUGAAAACGUUAAAUUAUAUUUAGUGAAUAUCUGAACAGGUUUUUUUUUUUUUGUUUGGACAAAGCAAGCUUAUUACUUUGUUUUGUUUUUUUGUCAACAAAUCAAAAAGGCCAGAGGAUCUCAAAGUCCCUUUAAAGUGAUUUAUAAAAGACUAUUUUGGGUUUAUUGUAUGACAGGCCACUGUGUUAUAAACCACAAGGCCAAAUUUCAGUCAUGAAAAACAUCUAUAAGUUUAGAAAUUGAGCUUCAAAAUUAGGCAGUAAAAUCUGCUUUAGGAAGAUGAGGGCCACGCCUGCUCAAGAGAAAUACGAUCCUCUCAUAUUUUAAAAAGGCUUAGGUCAGAGUACAGCUUCCUGGCUCUGUGUCAGAGCAGAGAGACAUUAGUUUGGUAUUAAAUUUACUGUUAUGAUACUUUUAAUGGCUUUAAGGCCACCAUGGCUGAUAGAUUUUGGAAAUUUUCCUCACACUGAACAAAAACACAGCAUGUAGCUGGCUGUUAACUUUCAAUGAAGGCAGUGACAUCAACUAACAACACUGUACUGAGAUAGACUGCUCAGUGAUUUUACAUCGUUGUGGCGUUAUGGGGGCGGGGUAAUUCCUCAUCAAGAGUGUUGAUGUCAUGGGCUCCUUUAUUUACCCUGCCCAAAUUAAAAGCAAAGGAAAGAGUAGGACAUCGAUCUAAGGGUCUAAAUAAAAAAACUCAGCCACAUAUAAAUCUCAGUGUUUUCACAAGUUUACAGAAACCUUUUUCCAACAUAUGUAGUGUGUUAAGCUCCAAAUUUUGGAUUUCACUUUACGGGGACUUUUAGGCAACCAUUUGUUUCACCUGAGCCUUAACCAGAGGAACAAUACCAAUAAAAUGCCUAGUUUUUACCCAUUACAUCUGUCAGUACUCCAUGUAAUAAAAGAAGACAAAGAAGAUAUUUUUAACUUUGUGACAGACAGGAUUUCACUUGAACAUGCACGCUCUUGAUACACUUGUCUCUAAAAAAGAAACUUUGUUAAUAACAUUUUCUGACAUUUGGACUCCAGCAGCUGGUUGGUCAGCUGUGUCUUAUGACCGGUGGGUUCCUGAUGAUGUGUUCAGUGUAAAGUUUGAAUUCCAGAGUUUCAAACACCUGAAAGUGAAACAGUCUUCUUACAGGUUUCUGGCUUUUGCUGUGGGUUUAGUCUGUUUUUGUUUUGUGGCAUGUGUCGACCCACAGCUGUUAGGAAAGCCGCUAAUUCCUGCUGUGUGAAAGGAUUAUGGGAGUUAAGUGAGUUAUGAGAUUACCUGAGUUUGUCUGAGGGGCUGAGUCACUGAUCUUCAGGUGUUUUUGAGAACAUGAGUCCAUGCAGAAUGUGUCAUAUGUUUUGAAAUAUUGUAAUAGGUUUUGGCAUCACCAAAUUAAGUUUUUAAAGGGCAUCUGCUCCAACAUAUAAAAUGAUAUUUGCAUACAGUGCAAGCAGGGGUGUUCAUCUUUGACAUGUGAGAAAGAUUUUAUUUGAACCACAAAAAACACAUCUCCAGCCUCAACUGUAUGCAGCAGGUACACUGCUGUGUUUGCACUAGGACCAAUAUGAUUCACUUUUUUUUAAAUAAUAAUGUAUUUCUGGUCCCUAUUAAGGUACUGUUCUGUUUGCUUCAGUUUUAUAUGUGAAAUCAUGUGUUAAAAGCAGUCAUUUCAAAAUAAAAACCACUCUAAUAAUAAUGUGAAGGAUAUUUUUGUUGUGUCAUCAAGUUGUUUAACGCUAUGUUCGUCCUGUGUGUUCAUAUCUGGCAUCCUCUUUACUUUUGACAACAAACCAGUUAC